CGUGUUUCCUGUGCGGCGAGCUGGGACAGUUUUCAGCCUCCGUUCAGAACUCUGUUGAAAAACCUUCUGUUUUCAGCCGCUCUGGCGAAGAGCCCGCUUCCCACGGACGUCCUGCCGGAGUGCCGCUGAGCAAACCGAUGAUGGACGGUCAACAGAGAGCAGUGUAAUGUGAGGCGAUGUUUGCUUGGACACCAUGCCCAGUGUCACGCUGCGGUACUUCUGUUAUGGCUGCCUCGUUACCUCGGCAACCUGGUCCGUUCUCCUCUUCCUCUACUUCUCCUUGGGGGCGGAGCCUAGCAGGACCCCCUUGCAGCACCGCAGCCAGCCAAUCAGCAGAAGCCUGUCCAAUAACAGGGCGGAGCGUCGGCCUCCAGCAGCCGGUAAAGGGGCUGAACUGUUGCCAGAGAUGGGGAUGAUCUUCAAUGAAGUGGAUCAAGAGGUCAGGGAUACAGGAUACCAUCGCCACGCCUUCAACAUCCUGAUCUCCAACAGACUGGGGUACCAUCGAGACCUGCCGGACACCAGAGACCCGCA